AUGUCUGCCGCUGUCACAGCGUCACAGCGGUCUCUCGGAUGGAAUGUAAAUUUAACCAUCGGCGGAGGGCAGCAGUAUCCUCGCACCUUUGCCGGCCUCUACCAGAAUCCGCACACGCCGACAGUGACUUUUGCUGAUGUGUGCACCGAGCUGGCCUUGUGCUUCGAGAUGCCAACAGCCGAACAUGACAGCGAGAACCUUCAUGGCAAUGAUGUCCCUAUUGGAAGCAACGACCACGGCCACGACAACGAAAACAACGGCAAUAACCAAGACAAUGUUGUUGUUGAGACUGCUUGGAAGAAUAUCGCUUUUGCCCUGACGGAAACUCCCGACAUGGCAGGCCAAACAGAUUGCCCUUCUUGGAUACUACAGGAGAACUUCGACCGGCUUGUACCUGCUCUGCCUUCUGUCUCGCCCAGGCUACGGAAAACUGUCACGUACCACAUUGUUCGUCAUGGGCUUUGCCGCUUACCUGCCGGUUCCUCGCUACAAGAUCACAUUCGAGCAAGAUGCGCUCGACACCUCCCUAUGCCCAAACGCCGCCGCCACCCCGCCUACCUCCCAUACAAUAAGGUCCCUUCCGACUCGCGCCUCAGCAUCAUGCCUCUGCGACGGAAGCUUAAAGCCUCUCGCUCCCAAUCCCCUACGAAACGCACCGCGUCCGGCUCAACCUCCCCCGGGAAGGCCCCUGACGAGGCCGACGCCGCCACGGACGAAUAUGCCGACAUGCUUGCCCCUGCUAGCAUGAGCCUUGACGUGGAUGAAGCGAAGAGGGUGAUAAAUGAGUUCCGGGCGGCCUGCAUCGACCGAGCGACCUGCUGCGCCGUCUCAGGCCGCGGCGAGCCGUGGUGCCCGGGUCAGCGUAUCGGCCCCGGCGUUCAAGCGUGCCACAUUAUCCCACAGCAGCACUACCACAUCUAUCCUGUGGAAAGAGGCAACCCUACCGACAGCACUGCUGUCGAAAACAGCACGCGACGGCUGUACGAAGCAUGGCAGCAUACGUGGAGUCCAGACAAUGGCAUCCUGCUGAUGAAGCACCUCCACGACUACUUCGACGCGCGUCUCUUCUCCAUCCAUCCAGAAACUCUCCGCGUCCGCGCCUUUGUGCCAUUUGAUGGCGUGAAUGAAUACCACGGCCGAAAAGCGCAGGUCACGGACAACGUUGAUCGCAACGCCCUGCGCCAGCACUACGAGAUGUGCUGCAUCGAAAGCAUGGCGGCCAAGCAGCCAAACCUGGAAAGGGCGUCAUCAGGCGCGAGUAGUAUAAGCACGCCGGGGGCUAAUCUAGGGAUUACAUCAGGCGCAGGCACGCCGUUUAGCAGGCAGACAGACUUGGCCAUGACACCAAGCUCCAGGCAUACGCCGACGCAGAGUGCCCUCCCCACGGGAGAUCCGUUGAAGAGUUCGCGAAGGAUUCGUGACGACGGCGAGCUUUGGCUGGAGGGGGGCAGAAGCAGAAAGCGGAGGCGAAGGGACGACGAAGAUGGCUUUGACGGCUACAUUACGCCGUAUAACAACCGUGAGUUUCUAGCGGAUGUCAACUGGGAGCUGCAGAAGUUCAAGGAACCCUUUUGA